GCAGGAGUUCCUAAACCAGCUGUGCUCUCCUUGGCUCUCACAAGGCUCACUUGUUUCCACAGGGCAGCAGAACAAAAUGUCUUAGAAAGAGUAACAUUCUAGAAAGUAGUAUAAUUUCUUUUUCUUCCUAAAUUGCCUCAUCUGCCUUCACUCCUUUGCUGAAACAUCACAUCAAAGGGAUCUUCUCCAUUUAAAACAGAGGACUCAUCAUGCCGAAGAGGGAGGGGAAGGCCCAAGCUUACACUAAACCCUUGGAUGGAGGAUGGGGAUGGAUGAUUGUGUUUCAUUUUUUUCUGGUCAAUGUGUUUGUGAUGGGGAUGACCAAGACUUUCGCGAUUUUUUUUGUGGUCUUUCAAGAAAAGUUUGAAGCCACCUCAGAGCAAACUGGUUGGAUUGGAUCCAUCAUGUCUUCACUUCGUUUUUCUGCAGGUCCUCUGGUUGCCAUUACUUGCGACAUAUUUAGUGAGAAAACUGCCUCCAUUAUUGGGACUUUCCUUGUUACUGGUGGAUAUCUGAUCAGCAGCUGGGCUACAAGCAUUCCCUUUCUGUGUGUGACUAUGGGACUUUUACCUGGUUUGGGUUCUGCUUUCUUGUACCAAGCAGCUGCUGUACUUACCACCAAAUAUUUCAAAAAACGAUUGGCUCUUUCUACAGCUAUUGCCCGUUCUGGGAUGGGACUGACAUUUCUCUUGGCACCCUUUACAAAACUCCUAAUAGACCUAUAUGACUGGACAGGUGCCCUUAUAUUAUUUGGAGCUAUCACAUUGAAUUUGGUGCCAUCUACUAUGCUCUUACGACCUAUCCAUAUCAAAAGUGAGAACAAUUCUGACAUUAAAGAUAAAGGUAGUAAUUUGUUUGCAAGUGAUCCAGAACUACAGUAUGGAACCUACUAUAAUGAGACACAAGAAUCUCCCAUCAAAGACAGUACUAUGCACAAGGCUGGACAACCCGGUAAAAGUUUAAUAGCCUCACAAAACCAAAGUGAGGAGGUAAACAGUGGGCCUAACAAGAACAGACUGUUAAUAAGUAAUGAAGAAAGUCAUGAGAAAAAGGCUAUUUUGUGGAGCUGCAAGCAAAAAUUCUUUGAUACUUCUCUCUUUAGAAAUCCUUUCUUUUAUAUAUUUACCUGGUCUUUUCUUCUCAGUCAGUUAGCAUAUUUUAUCCCCACUUUUCACCUGGUAGCCAGAGCCAAAACACUGGGAAUUAACAUCAUGGAUGCCUCUUACCUCGUUGCUGUAGCUGGUAUUAUUGAGACAGUCAGUCAGAUUAUUUCUGCAUGGGUUGCUGAUCAAAACUGGAUCAAGAAGUACCAUUACCACAAGUCUUACCUCAUCCUCUGUGGCAUCACUAACCUGCUUGCUCCUUUAGCCACCACAUUCCCACUACUUAUGACCUACACCAUCUUCUUUGCCAUUUUUGCUGGUGGUUACCUGGCAACGAUACUCCCUGUACUGGUUGAUCUCUCAAUGAAUUCUACAGUACAUAGUUUUUUGGGAGUUGCUGGUUUCUUUGCUGGGAUGGCUGUCCUUGCUGGACCACCUAUAGCAGGCUGGUUAUAUGAUUAUACCCGGACAUAUGCUGGCUCUUUCUACUUCUCUGGCAUAUGCUAUCUCCUCUCUUCAGUUUCCUUUUUUUUGAUACCACUGGCUGACAGGUGGAAAAACAGUCUGACCAGAAAGAAAGAGCACUGCAAUCAAGAGAGCUUAACAAAAGAAACACUAAACAAUUAAGUCACUGGAAACAAAAGCUUGGAA